AUUGUUUUUCUUGGAGCGGUAUUUGUUUUUGAGUGUCUGUGCGUAAAAGCUGGCGCGCCUGUCGUUGCAUGACGCACUGUCGGUGGAAGUAUGAUCUGUUUGCAGGAGCACUCAUGACUCUGUGUCCGCCUUCAGAAGAGACCUGUUGGAUUAGUAGACAAGCACAUAAAAACCCUCCUUCCAAGGUUCAUCUGUGUGAGUGUUGGAGUCCUGCUCUGUGGAUUUUCCCCUCCGUAAAGUCAGCUCUUCUCUCAGCGAUCCCAUGGAAGAAAGUAUGUUUUUAUGCAACACGAGUGCCAUAAAGGACUGGAGCUAUUUUCUGUCUAAGAUAUUACCUCUGAUGAAUAAAACCACAGGCUUGGUCAGCUUGGAUAAAUCGGAGACAGCGACUACAACGGUGGUGACAUCUCUGCAACCGGACGGAGCAAUGAGCGCGAGUAACCCGCCUCCAGACUCCAACCAAACCUCCGGUAUGGAGCAUAUCUUUCAGUAUUCUUACUCAGAGAACGACCUGCUGUUCACGGACUACAGGACGCCUGCCAGGGACUCCACUCAGUUGCCCAAAGCGGUCCUGUACCUGGUCAUUUCCGCGCUGGUGGUGGUGGCAGUGGCGUAUGCCAUAGUGGGACACCUGGUAAAGGAUGUUGUGAAUGACUUUGUUGGUGGAGGCCGGUCAAUUGUUGCUGAAGGUGAUGGUGGUGAAACCACUGAUCCAGAUUGGGUGUUUGACCCUCGUCGACCUGCAAACCGCAACAAGACAGAAAUCAGCUGCGUCACUAGUAACACGCAUGAGAUGAGUGAGCUGGCUGAGAGCUACGUAUCACUAAACCACACCAGCUGCCUGAGCCCCAGCAGGCCGGAAGUGACUGUGUUCACUGUAGAUGAAACCAUCGAGCAACGUCUCCCUGAAGCCCACUGUGGGACUUAAACGUAACUCCCUGAUGUUUUCCUGAGAGAAACAAAGAAGCAUAUUUGCUUAGAUUUCCCAUUUGAAGUUGAUUCACCAGUUGUUUGUGAAUUGAAGCUUUUAUCCACUGUGGCAUCACCUGCAGGUUGGUAGCGAAGGCUGUGUGAUAUUGAGCCACAGUGCAUGUGGAGACAUCAGAUGCUGGAUCUUUGUUUAAAUGGGACUCCUUCCUGUCUGGAUCAUGUGAGGAGAGGAUGGCACCACCUUCAUUUGGGUUACAGAUAGACUGUUUUCCCCAUAUCUUAUCCCAUUUUCCAUGACCUUAUGAAUAUCAAGCUUUAAUGUAUAACACUACCACACUCUAUUCUCCCUGUAAUAACAUGUAUCACCUUCGGUAUGCACCUCAGUCAUCAUUCCUUAUUGUGAUAUUACCUGACCGUCUUUUCUGUGCACAAUGAAUUUACUGAGGCAAAAAAAAGCCUUUUUGUUACAUCAUGCUAUUAGCUUGAUCUGAAGAAAUGCUAAUUCACCUCUAUGAACCUUUUUGCACCCAAAUGGAAAAAAAAAUAAAAAUAAAAAAUAGAGACAGUUGUUAGUUUAGAUAUUUCUUGAUAAAUGUCAGUUUACCUGUUUUACUUCACCUUAAAGGGCUGCAUGCUGCUGCUAAAACCCAAAACUGAAACCACUGGGGCUGCAUGUUUUUCUGUGCAUGCUGUGAUCAUCUUGUCAUGCACAUACAGCCACUGUCAAAUACUAUAAAAGACAUGUUUCCACUGUUUCCUGUUGCACAAGCAUCCAGAGAGCAACCCAUUGCAUUUUUUUUUUACUUGAUGCUGUUAUGCACUGUAACGUUUUUUUAA